GCCGUGCGUUUCCCCUCCUGGAAGUUCCCCGAUAAAGUGUCCUGUGACCUGGACCUGCCGGCGCUGCUGGAGCGGUACAGCUACACCGAGAGCAGCCCCGAGUUCAGCCAGCACUCCCACGUGGUGCUGCUGGAGCUGGUGAUAGACAGACUGCUGCUGCUGCUUCAGAGCUUCACGGGCUACACAGAAAACCUGCUCAGUGAGCACGCCAUCCCCCCGGCACAGUCAGUGGGACCCUGCAUGUCCGCAGGACUGACGGUGAGGAGGUACUGGUGCAGCAUGCUGAAACUGGGGGCCUUCUACCAGCAGCUCCUGGCUGAGAAGAAGGCUUGCAGGAGGGAGAGCCCCACGCUGCAAUCCACUCCCCAGGCUGGGAAACCUGAGGAGGAGUGCCUGAAACACAGCUUGCCUGACGUUUUGGAGUUAAGAACUUCCACAGGAGUUGCCCGGUCCACUUCUCUCUGCCCGUCAUCGAGUGUCCGUGCCCCAGACAGCGAUGCCUCAGGCAGCUCCCUGCCCAGGGCUCCCCACAGCGUGGCCAAGAGCAGCCACAGCAUCCCCACGCAGACGACUGGGUUGUCUCUGGGACCCUGUGACACCUGUGCCGGUGCCCAGGCCAGCCUCCACGAGGUCAGCAAAGCCAUCACCAGCAUCUGCCAGAGCCAGAACAUCCCCUCGGCUCUCAGCAGGUUCCAGGAGAUGGUGGAGGAGGCCACAGGGAGAAACACCCUCUCUGCAACGGACAUGAGCUACUGGGCCUCGGAGCAGAGCAAGGACCUCUCCCGCAUCAGCAAACACCUCCAGAUGCUGCUGCAGCACGUCGACCCUCUGAAGUCCGAGCUGGAAGAGUCGGAGAAACAGAAGGAUGAGCUGCAGAAACAGGUUGAGGACUUUUCCCAGUUGCUUCAGGUGGAGAAGGAGACCCACGCACAGCAGAGGAAGGAGGCUGAGAAGAACCUGGAAGUAAAGAACAAAGAGUAUUUAGAGGCUGUAGCCAGGCUGGAGCAGGACAAGGAUGACCUACGGAGAGGGGCUGCUCUGCUGGAGGAGCGAUUCUCCGCCUUAAAGGAAGAGCUGGCUGCGAAGCAGGCUGCUGUGCAGGAGCUGGAGGUCACCAAGACGACCUUGCUGGAGGAGAUGAGGACCACGAUGGUGGCCAGGAGCCAGCUGCUGGAGCUGGAGGAGAAGGUGCAGCUGCUCACAGAUCAGCGGGAGAGCCUGCACCAGGAGCUGAGCACCACCACCACCCAGCUGGAGAAGGAGAAGGCCACAGUGGAGAGCAUGCUGAGGCACCAGGAG